AUGAAUUCAAUCAUUUUAUACCCCAACCACGUCUGGACUUCCCCCUCCAGCUACAACAAGGUAGAAAUACAGCACUACAACUAUGGUAGACUACAUAACAUAAUAUUAUGCCCUCGGUAAUCAUGUACUCGCACUUUACGAACGUGCCUCUUCAUCCAGGAGUCUCCAAGAAGUAUAAUACGUACUCAAGAAAAUAUGCAAGAAAUAAAUAAAUCAAGGUCCUUCACUAAACACCUAAGGAGGUACCAAAUGGUAGGACGGCAUAACGGUCGUUUGAACUAAACCCUACUAAGCAAAGAAGUUUUGAAGAAAGGGGAAAGAUAUAUAAAUGAAAACAAA